AUGCUCCGCCCUGCAACACCAUCAACAAACAACGACACGUCACUCACCAGGCUCAACAACCACACCUCAGACAAUUAUGGUUCCAAGUGGUCCCUUCAGGUCCCAGUUGUGUACAAAAUCGAUGAGGAUUCCAGCAGAAUGUAUGAGCCACAGGCUUCUGGGUUUCAUGUGGUCUCCCUGAACAACAGUGGCUACUCCGCGCUUCAGACGAUAUCCGAAGGGAACAAUGCUUUCACGCUAGAUCUGUACAAGUUUCAGAGCUUAGCAGUGCAGCCAGGGAAUCUCUUCUUUUCCCCACUAAGUAUUCAGGUAGCUCUGGCACUUGUGUUUCUUGGAGCAAAAGGGAAUACAGCAAAAGAGAUCGCGGCCGGACUACACCUGCCAGAUGAAAGGAAACUGAUCGAGAAUGGCUUCAGAGCGUUAAUGACAAAACUAAAUGAGUACGACGAGGUGACGCUUCAUAUCGCAAACAGGAUUUUCUUAAAGUAUGGCUGCGGAAUCAAAGAAGACUUCAAGGCGGCUGCUCUCAGAUUCCUUUCUGGAGCUCAGGAAUUAGACUUCAGCCGCUCGGAAGAGGCGAGGUCUCAAAUAAACAAGUGGGUAGAGGACCAGACGCGUCAGAAGAUAAGGAAUUUAGUACACCCUGGUGUUCUGAAUUCUGACACAAUAGCGGUAAUAGCAAAUGCAAUUUACUUCAAAGGCGACUGGGCAACAAAGUUUGAUAAAAGAAGCACCGCACCGAUGCCUUUCCGUUCAGCAUCAACAACGGAUGUUCAGAUGAUGUUUGUGAAAGCCAAGUUCAGAUACACUGAGCUGCAAGUGCUCAACUCACAGAUACUUCUUCUGCCUUACAAGGGCAACAGGUUCAGCAUGAUGGUGGUUCUACCAACAGAAGUAGACGGCUUGUUUGACGUCGAGAAGCAGAUCGCGGAUGCAAACCUCUUCGACAUUGCAGACCAGACGUUUAAACAGAUGGUCCAUGUGUAUCUACCCAAGUUCAAAUUGGAGUACGAAAAAGAACUUGAAGAAAGCCUUCAAACUCUCGAGAUGAGGUCCAUGUUCGAUGUGAACAAGGCCAACUUCAGUGGCAUCAGUGAUAAGGAGCAUCUGGUGGUGAAUCAAGUGCUGCACAAGGCGUUCAUUGAAGUCAGCGAGGAGGGGACGGAGGCCGCAGCGGCAACAGCUGUUACGAUCGUCACCUACUCCGCCUGGAAUGCGCCGACCGUGUUCAAGGCUGACCACCCAUUCACGUUCUUCAUUCUAGAUGAAGAGGCAAGAACUGUACUCUUUGCUGGACGGGUCUGUGCCCCCACUACUUAA